AUGGGGUAUGAUGUAACUCGCUUCCAGGGGGAUGUUGACGAAGAUCUUAUCUGUCCUAUUUGCAGUGGAGUCUUGGAGGAGCCAGUCCAGGCACCUCACUGUGAGCAUGCUUUCUGCAAUGCCUGCAUCACCCAGUGGUUCUCUCAGCAGCAGACGUGCCCGGUGGACCGCAGCGUAGUGACGGUCGCCCACCUGCGCCCAGUGCCUCGGAUCAUGCGGAACAUGUUGUCAAAGCUGCAGAUCGCCUGCGACAACGCUGUGUUUGGCUGUAGUGCUGUUGUUCGGCUUGACAACCUCAUGUCUCACCUCAGUGACUGUGAGCACAACCCAAAACGGCCUGUGACCUGUGAACAGGGCUGCGGCCUGGAGAUGCCCAAAGAUGAGCUGCCAAACCACAACUGCGUGAAGCACCUGCGCUCGGUGGUGCAGCAGCAGCAGACACGCAUCGCAGAGCUGGAGAAGUCCUCGGCUGAACACAAGCACCAGCUGUCAGAGCAGAAGCGAGACAUCCAGCUGCUGAAGGCAUACAUGCGUGCACUCCGCAGUGUCAACCCCAACCUUCAGAACCUGGAGGAGACAAUUGAAUACAAUGAGAUCCUAGAGUGGGUGAACUCGCUGCAGCCAGCAAGAGUGACCCGCUGGGGAGGGAUGAUCUCCACCCCAGAUGCUGUCCUCCAGGCUGUAAUCAAGCGCUCCCUGGUGGAGAGUGGGUGUCCUGCCUCGAUUGUCAACGAGCUGAUAGAAAAUGCCCACGAGCGGAGCUGGCCCCAGGGCCUGGCCACUCUAGAGACGAGACAGAUGAACCGGCGGUACUAUGAGAACUAUGUGGCCAAGCGCAUCCCUGGCAAGCAGGCUGUCGUCGUGAUGGCCUGCGAGAACCAGCACAUGGGCGACGACAUGGUGCAGGAGCCGGGGCUCGUCAUGAUCUUCGCCCACGGCGUGGAGGAGAUCUAG